GAAUGCUCAAGAGAACAAGCGCACUGAUCAAGCACGUUCCGUCGCUAUCAAUCAAAUUCUCCACGACACGACCAGUAGCCAUGACGCACAAGCUAAACAUCAACUCGAGCGUCAAGCUCGCCUCAGGAUAUGAGUUGCCCUUGCUGGGAUAUGGUGUCUAUCAAACCCCAGCAGAUGUUUGCGCAGCCGUGACCACUCACGCGAUCAAGUCGGGCUAUCGCCACGUUGACAGCGCCACUGUCUACAGAAACGAGGAGCCAGCCGCCAAAGGUAUGCUCGCUGCUGGCAUUGAAAGAGAGCAGCUCUUCUUCACGUCCAAGGUCCCACCAAAGGAGAUCAACUACCAAGACGCGAAAAAGUGCGUAGAUGAAAGCCUGAAGAAGACAGGUCUUGCCUACAUUGACCUGUACUUGUUACAUGCUCCAUAUGGAGGCAGAGAUGGUAGACUGGGCGCCUGGAAGGCUCUCGUCGAAGCAGUGAAUGAAGGCAAAGUCCGCUCUAUCGGCGUCUCCAAUUUCGGUGUACAACAUCUUGAAGAGCUCGAAGCCUGGCAGAAGGAGCAAUCUUCUCCCAAAGAAGCUGGUAUUCUUUCAGUGAAUCAAGUCGAGCUGCAUCCAUGGCUUGCUCGCCCAGAUAUCGUGAAGUGGUGUAAAGCCCGCAAUGUCGUUCUGGAGGCCUAUUGUCCCCUGGUCAGAGCAACUCGCAACGAGGAUCCCACGCUCGUGCCGCUCGCUAAGAAGCACAACAAGACCCCAACCCAGAUUUUGCUGAGAUGGGGCCUGCAGCAGGGUUUUGUUAUUCUUCCAAAGAGCGUUACGCCCUCGAGAAUUGAAGAGAACACUGGCUUGUAUGACUUUGAGCUGGACAAGGAGGAUCUCGAAGCUCUGGACACGGGGGCAUACGAGCCUUGUGCGUGGGAUCCAACAAUAGAGCCGCUUGAGAAGUGAGCUCAUGCUUGAACAUGCUCAAGUUUCAGCUGGCCACGCGACAGAUUCGGAAAAGCGGGUAUGGUGCAGCAGCACCGAAUGCAACGACAUGACCCAUAUUAGUAGAGGUUUUUGAUACACAUCCCAGACAGCUCUGUCGGCCAUCCGUAAG